UCCGAAAUCUUGAAUCAAAAUAGUCAAUGGAGGAUUUACAAUUUUGGCGUGGUUAGAAACGAAAAAUGAAGAAGAUUAAAGGAAUAUUUCUGGGGAAAACCUCCAAGAAUUUAAACACUUCAGCUUCUGGAUCUAUUGGCGGUGCGAGUGCAUCGCAGUUUGCAAAUGGAUAUGACUUAAAAGAGAAAGAUUUGCCCAAAAUCCACAAGGCUGCAUGGACAGGCGAUAUUUCCAAAAUAAAACAACUUGCCAAGAAAGAUCCCACAGCGUUAGACAAAGAAAACAGGACUCCUCUACAUCUUGCCUGUGCUCAGGGCCAUGCUGAUGUGGUACGGGAACUGUUGGAAUGGAAUGCAAGGACAAAUAUUGGAGACAGUCAGGGCAAAACCCCACUGAUGAAGGCCAUAGAAUGUGGUAUGGAAGAAUGUGUGAGACUAUUACUGAGCCAUAAAGUUGAAGUUAAUCAGUCAGACCGGGACAAGAAUACAGCUCUGCAUCUAGCCGUCAAGGAGGGGAAUACUGGCAUGGUUGCAAUGCUCGUCAGUAGUGGAGCUAAUGUCAAUGUCAAAAACAAGGAUGGGCAGACUCCGUUAAUUUUAUCGGUUCAGGACCCAACCAAGCGGGAUGACCAUACCAGGAUACUGUUAGAAAAUAAUGCAGAUCCUAAUGCAGUAGAUAAAGAUCAAAGAUCUGCCCUGCACCAUGCCUGUAUAGAAGAUGGUAUCAACCACGUCAGAUUGUUGUUACAACACAAUGCCAGCACUGCUCUCAAAGAUGUCAAAGGUUGGACAGCUGAAGACUGUGCCAUGAUGAAGGCACAUCAUGCGUGUUCCCAGGUUGUGUUUGAUCACAACCUCAAGCAGCGCAGAUUAUUGACGGGCAGCGUCCCGUCCACACCACGUAACCCAGAUUCGGCUACCGUAAGCAGACAUACCACACCCAGAGAUCAUUCUUCAGCCUCAGAUUUCGGAAUGCCACAGAUGCCUCAAGAGGAUGCGGAUGACUCUGAUGAUCAGACAGUGAGUAAACAUUCCCUCCAUGACAACAGGCAAGAUUCCUGGGCAGAUGACACUGAUAUCAGUUCAGCUGCUGAUGAUCAUAAACUCAAGGCUGGAGCUGUAAAGACAAGCCUGACCAAACAUCUAAAAAUAGACAGUGAUGAAGAGGAGGAAGGCGCUGCUGAAGAUAAAGGGGGUGGGACUAAUGUUCAAGCAACCAAUGGGAAACCAGUCCCAGAUCCAAAUCAUCGACGUUCACCAGUGAAAUUCCGAAAAGUUCUUGUUAGCACAGGAGAUGUUAAACGCCCAAUUUAUAGUCGUACCCCCACCCCUGAUGCUGACUUGAGAAAAUCACCAGCCUCUCCAUACACCACAAGUACCCCAUCAAAGAUUCCAGUAAAACAGAGGUUAUCGGGUGCAUCACACACGUCCAUUGAGGAUGAUUUUACAGACGAGGAAGAUGACUCAUCACCGAUACAGAGGAACAGGGUAUCCUUCAGUGACCACCAACAAGUCAGAAAUAUUAGUGCAACAGAUGAUGAUACUGAUAUAGAAGAUGAUGAAGAAGAGGUGGAACCAACCAAGAAACGUAGAAUAGAAACACCUGAGGAAGCCUCUAUUGGCAGUGGAGGGUACACACCUACUGGAGUUGUGUCUACAGAUGCAAACAAAUUAUCAAAAGAAACCUUUAAAGCAGAGAAUGGAGGAAAUGCACUGAUGGCUGACUUGGGAAUGGAGGAUAUCUCAGACUUAAGUGACCAGGAGGACGAUGAGGUCAGGAGCCCACGCGACUCCUCCGGCCCAAAUUCACAACCCAACACACCUAGAGGUAUCCUUAAAAAGACUGAUGGCACAGGAAAACCUCCUGCUGUCCAAAACCCAGUGGACUCGGAUCCAUACUGGGACUCUGAGGAUGACGAUCCCCAAGACCAGGAUAGGGAAAUUAUAGUGGAGGCAGAGGUGCACCCUGCCAUAAUCCCUGCUUCAGCACAAACUUCAGUAGAUAAGGAUGAAGAAAGUGACUGGGACUCAACUCGUCACAGUGAGACAGAUAAAGGGAACCAGUCUAUACAGAUCCGAGAAGAAGUUGAGUCUCCAGAGAUAGACAGUGACCUAGAGGACACACUCAAUCCAGAGAAAUCAGCUGUAGAGAAGGAUCCUACAGUGAAUGAGGACCUGUCAGCCAUACAGGAUUCUAACACAAUGACUGUAGAAAUAGUACAAGAAUCCACAACUGUUGAAAUAGUUCAGGAAUCCACUACUCCAGAUAAUGUCAGCGGUCAAGACAAACUAGCCAACACUGGCGAAAUUAAUGCAUUAUUCAUUAAUGAAUUAAAUGAAUCUACCGACAUCAGUCAUCCAGGCUCAAGGUCAAGUAGUGUUGCUAUGGAUACACAAAGGGCUUUGACAGUUAUUGAGAGAACUGAAUUGACUGAUAAUGACCUAAAAUCUUCAUUGUCUCAAGAUUUGCUCAGUAAGAAACCAGAAAUCCAAAGAAAUACACCAGCUGAAAAUGAAGAAGAGAUUUACGAUAAUGAUGAAGAAUUCGACUCUGAAGAUGAAACAUUGGACAGAAUAGAAAUUGGCCAGCAGGGUACUCUUGAUACAGAGAUGGGAGUGCAAGAAGUUGAAGAAAUGAUAGAAGACAGAGAUGAUUAUGAAAAUCAGGAAAGAGAAACUGUAAACGAAGAAAAUGAAGAGGUUGAACAUCAAGAGAUUGAAGAACUGAUAUCUGAAGAGAUGGAUUACUACAAUUCCAUUGAGAAGUCAGAAGGUGACGAAAAAUCUCUGAAAGAAGCAAGCUUGAAAGAAGAGAUAGAAAGAAGUGUCAGUGAAGGCAUAGAUGGAAGUCAUGCAGAGUUCAAGGUCAUGGAUCGUCUUAGUGCUCCUAAAGUUAUGUUGGAGUAUGAACCAAGUACAACUGAGGCAGAAGACUCUGAUACUCUUGAUACUGAGUCUCUUCAAGAGGACUUCGUUCAGAUGGUGAAGUCUAAGAAAAAGAAGCAGUCAUCUUCUGUAAAAGACAGGGCUGGAAAGAAGUUAAGCUCUAGUAGAAAUGGAAGUAUAAGUUCUGACAAAGAAGUGGCUAGAGCUCUUGCUGAUGAGUCACCUACUACAUUUGCCAGCCGGCACAUGUUACCCAGUCAGGAUGACUUCCAUAGAGCAAGUACAGAACCUAUAACUCAAGAUACAAUGGAAGAGCAGAUGUCAUUGGCUGAGGAUGAUGGGGAUGAGACAAGUCAGUGGGAUUCCUCAGAGGAAGGUACUACACCAAGGACACCACGAAAUGCUGCAGGUUUCGGGAAUCAGGAUGGAAGUCCGGAUGUUCAGGAGUAUGAAUAUUAUGAGGAGGAGGAGGAGUCAGAAAAGCAGGAUAAAAUUCAAGAAGCUGUGACCUCGUUUGGAGUCAGACAAGAAAUAGGCCCAUCCCCAGGCAUGCAGUCUCUGUCUUCUGGGAUACAGUCCCAGCCAACACCCGAGCCUCAGUCUGACUCCUCUCAACUUCGGUCACGUGACACACCAGACCCACCCACAACAAGUGGCUCCGCCUCUAUGCAGAGGACUGUGAUUACAGCACAUGUGGAGGAACCAGAUGUGUUGUCACAGCAACAAGAUGAAGAAGAUGACAACUGGGAUUCUGAGGAUGACAUACAGUCAGGAGAGGAGGAGGAGGAGGGAGCAGAGAAUGGGGAGGAGUCUCCAGUUGUAGUGGAUGUGUCUUCUCCGGUAGUGAUAGGCAUUGAUUCUGUUGACAACACUCCGAGAACACCAAGGGGACAGAGCAGUGUUGCUACAGAUGAUGAGUCUGUCAGUGAGUGGGAAAUAGAGAGACAAAAGGAAAAAGAAGAAAAAGAAAAGCGAGAAAAAGAAAUGAGGCUUCUACAAGAAAUGGAAGAGGAGGAGGAGCGUCAGCGACAGUGGGAGGAGGAGGAGAGGCGGAGACAGGCGGAGAUUGAAAGGGAAGCACAGGCGGAGCUAGAGAGGGAGAGACUGGCCGCUGAAGAGGAGGAUGAAUCUGAUGUAAGUGAUUUUAGUGAUAACAUUCUACCUGACAGCGCUCGUCAACAUGACUCGGAAUACUCUCAUCCUUCCCAGCAUGCUUCACAGAGGUCACAACCUUCUGAGGAAAGGUCACAAAGGUCAGACAAUUCCAAUCCAAACAGCCUGACAUCACCAAGGGUGCAGCGUGAACUUAAGAAACCACCACCCAAGUUGGUUGUCACAAAGUUCAUACCCCCUUCACUAUCCCAGAGGGAGAAUAAAACACCUGUAACGCUUGGGGAAAUCGAAAAUGAGAGUCCGGCACCGGUGUAUGAUGACAUGAUCCAGCCAGAACAAGAGCAUCACAGAUUUGCUGCCCCAAGUCAAGGUCAAGUGAAUAAUGUUUAUGGAAAGGAAGAGGAAGGAUCAGAUGACGAUAUUGAAGAUAUAAAUGAUGAACAAAUUGAAAAUGCUGCACAAUAUGAUACGAAAGGACAGUUUGAUACAGACAAACAAAACAAUUACAGUAGUUUCGUAGGGGAAUAUAAUUCAAGUAGUGGACAGUAUAAUAGAGGACCAGUUAGUGCACAGGGUAAAGUUGAUGUAGAUAAUCAGUCAGAUGAAGACGAAUUUGAAGAUGGAGUUCAUGAAGAUAUGAUUCUACCACAGGAUAUGAAAAAAGUUGAAAGUGCAAAUACACAGGAUAAUCACACUGAACUUCCUGUGAACAGUGAUAUAAGAACAGAAAAUGCUCGAGCAUUGUUGAGUGAGCCGCCACCACUGCCUAAAACCUCCCCGCCUGUUAAGGCAAUGUCAUUACAGAGUGAUGGACAAAGUGUUGAAGAUGAUGAUCUAGAUAUUCCUGUUCAGACUAAGCCUCCAGGUCCAUCCUUUCUACCAGAUUUAUCGGGAACGACAGGUCUGUACUCUUCAGGCCUGGAAGUCCCGUUUGAUGAUGAUGGUUUAUCCGUAACGUCUACAGAGAACGGUGACAUCAGUAGCUCUUACCGACCAGAAAAUCUUCCAUACGGCAAAGACAUGCUUGUUAACAUGAAUCUCAGUGACUCAAGCGCAGUCUUAAAGCUGCAGGAACAUUUACGAGAACAUCGUAAACAGCUUGAGUACGAACGGAAUCAAAAAAUGUUGCUGGAAAGUAAACAGAAACAAAUGUCCAAAGAUAAAACUGAGAUGCAAAAGAUGAUUGACAGUUUGAAGUACCAGAAAUCAGCUCUGGAACAAAGCAAGCUAGAUCUAGAGGCCAAAAUCAGAAAUCUAGAGUACUGUGUAAGUGAUGAAGAAGAGAAAAAGAAGAAUGCAGAACUUUUGUUGAAGAAAACAAAGGAACAGUUAGCCAAGAAGGAAGAGCAGUAUACUAAUGAAAUGGAGGCAAAACAGAGAGCAGAGCUUGCAAUGAGGAAUGUUCAGAUGGAACUUAGAUCUUCUCAGAACCAGAUGAAAGAUCUGGAAGAGGAGAAGGCGGAGCUAGAGAGACAGGUGGCCAAUGAGAAAAAUGCUCGUCAACUGCAGGAGAAAAUCAAUGAAGAGCAGCAAAGAUUGCAGCAGCAUAUACAGGAAGAGUCUCUGAAAACUUCCUCACAAAAGGACGAUGAUUCGGAUGAAGCAAACAGGUCGUUGGAGCUAGCUGAUGAUGACAUCAAACAUGCUCGAGAUCUUGUAGAAAAAUACAAAAAUGAGAUUACAGCCCUCAAGGCUGAGUUACAGCGUCAGCGGACCCGGCUCACAGAUGAGAACAGUCUGUUGUCGUCGGAGAAUGAGAAGCUACAGCAGCGUGUUGAGGACCUGCGCAAUGAGGUGAAGGACCAUGAAGAGGCCCUGACACAGCUCACAGUGCAGCAGAACCUCCACAACAGCAAACUGAUGUCUGAGUCCACCAUGCUGUCUAACUCGCUGGACAAGGAAAGAGUUGCUAGAGAAAAGAUAGAAGCAGAGCUUGAAUCUUUUAGGACGAGACUUCAAGCUUCUACAGUUCAACUUGAGAAGUCUCAGCAGGCUAGAAAUGAUUCUGAGAGACGUCUACAUGGUGACCGUGAAGAAUGGGCGAGACAGCUGGACAGAAAAGACCAGGAACUGACUAGUCUCAAAGAGAAGGUUCAAGCACACAUACAAGCUCUAAAUGCUACAGAGACUAAACUUAAUGCUGUAGAAAAUGAGUUACAAAUAUCCAAUACAACAUUACUAGAGAGAACCAAUCAGUACCAACAGGCACAGAGAGAUCUACAGUUCUACAAGACUGCACAGGAAAACAAUGAUUCUAAUUAUAGACAUGAAAAGGAGUUAAAUGCCAAACAUGUUGCUAAGAUAGAAUCAUUACAAGAAAGACUAUCCAGUAUACAGCAUGAAAACCUCAGUCUGAAGCAACAGGUGGAGUCUGCCCAGCAUCUAGCUAAUGACAGAGCAGGCUUUGAUCUCCAAGACAAACUCAACACUAUGAUCUCUAGUCUCAAAUCAGAUCAUGAAAAGGCUCGUGCAUCAUUAGAGGAAAAGAACACCAGUUUACAGGAUACAAUCACUCGAUUACGAGAUGAAGUCAGGAACUCUGAGAACCGGCGCAGCAACUUGGAGCAGGAUAUCCGUCGCUUGAACCAGGAACAGAAUGACAUUAUUCGGAAAUUAUCAAUUGCUGAGGCUUCUCUUGAUGUUGCCUCAAAGGCCCGUGAUCAGCUGGAACAGGAGCGUCUUGCUUUGAAAAUGGAGAUAGAGAAACUGCAGCAGAAAUACAACACGGCCCAGGAGUCAACAAUACAGGCUCAGACACGCAUGGGAGAGCUUGUAGACCGACUGGAUAGGACUGAACAAAGUCGUUUACUCAGUAACCAACAGCUUGCAGACACCUCGGCAACCAUGCAGGCUUUCAAUACCUCAAAGACGGAGCUUGAAGAGAACUACCAGAAAAUUCAAGUAGAGAAUGUCAGGCUAGAUGCUGAGCUGAAACAUGAGAAACAGAAAACAGAUAUGUUACAGCGAGACCUUGCCGACUCUCAAAAGGUGCGGAGCAGUUUAGAAGCAUUGUGUUCAAAUCUGAAGUCAACUAACGCUCAUCUAGAGGAGAAACUUGGGGGUGAGGUAGUUAGUCGUAACAUGCUUGCCAAGGAGGCGGAAGAUCACAAGGGAUUAUGGGAACAGGAAGUUUUAUCGCGUUCAAAACUUGGGCUUAGGAUCGCUCAGUUAGAAAGACAUAAACAGGAAACCUCUACCCAUUUAGAAGAGGAGAAGAGAAGGACUAGAAAAGCUCUUGAACAAAAGAAAGUAGCGGAGACGAAACUUGAGGCUGAACAAGACAAAUGCCUGAACUUACAGAAAGAGGUUGCCAACCUGAAGGCCUAUCUAAAGGUUGCCAAGAAAAGGUUAAAGGAUCCUGGCAGUGAUGAUGUGCAGGAUUCUAACGAGAACCGUAUGAGUAAUCUUCACUCUGCCUUUGACAAGGAGAGACAAGCUAUGGAAGAAAUGCUUGUCUCCGUCAAGUCUCAGUUGGAGCAUAUGAAAAUACAGCUGCAAGAUGAGAUGGAGGAGAAGGAAAGAGUACACCACAAAAAUCAACAACUAGAAAAGGAGCUUAAAACUGUUAGAAAAUUAGAGCGGUCAGUUCACAAGAUUGACCGCAGUAAGAGAAAGCUCGAGGAAGAGUUUAAAGCCUAUAAGAACUCUGUAGAGACUGGUUACACUGAGAAGUCCACUGUUGAGGAGGCAAAGAAAGAUAUUGAAGCAAGAUACCGGCAGGAGUUGAACCGGAAACUGGACGAGGUGAACAAUUAUCUGGAGGAGCAGGCUCGAACCAGGCAGCGCCUCGACCUCAGUCGUGAAGAACAGGAAUCUAAGCUGAGAAGUGACAAGAAAAAGUUUGAGGAAGAGUGUAUAGAUUUACGUAUUAAAUACGAACAAGCAUAUGCAAAACUUGAAACCAAAGAUCUGGAAGCAAAGCGGUACCGAGAUUUAUAUGAGAGUGAGAUGCAGUGGAGAAUGCGACUCAGUGAGCAGCUGUACAAGUCAACUGAUAAGGCAUUUGGCUUCAAAAACAAGUUAGUUGCGGAGCGACAAAAGAACAGGAUGUAUGGCAGCCUGACAAAUCUCUCAAUGAAUGGUCAAACUCUCGACCUCAGUAAAAUAAAUGGAACUCUUGCAGAAGAUGCCCUCAGCAAUAGAUUACGGGCUGAACUUGAUAGAAGUAUAGCUAAACAUUUAGAGGCAGCACCUCACGACCAAAUCCGUCCAUUGAUACGAAGUGAUGAUCCCGUCCUUGGUUCAAACUUUGCUAAAGCUAGUGCAGACUACAUCGAAGUUUUAAAAAGAAAAUAUUGUGUAUAGCAGAAUGUCAACAAGUGUUGUGAUUUAUUUAAUUAUCCGUCCAAUUUAUUUAAAUUUCUCAAACUGAGAGUGUAUUAAAUAACAGAUGAAGAUGAGUAUAAACUCCCAUUGGACAAAAAGACAGUAUACAGUUAUAGGUAAUGUGCUUUAAUAUUUGGAUAUGACAUCGAACUGUAUAUAUUGUUUCCAAAAGUGCCAGUGCUCUUUGUGUAUUAUAAACGGAGAUUAUUUUUUAUUUGUCUGUGAUUUGUUACUAAGUCAAUUUUAUUAUUCCUACACAACUUUUCGCAGCCAUUAUUUUAUGGCAGGAAUAAUAAAAAUUGAUUACACUUUUAAGUUUACAUUUUUUCUAAAAAAUAUGUGCCCUUAAAUUUUAGUUUUUCAUUUUAAUCAUCCUUUAAGUUCACCAUUUUAGCAAGACAUAAUACAACAUAUUGUAGUGAAUGACUGUAAAUAGAUUAAACAGCCUGCAUAGAUUCUAGCCAGAAAAGCAAUAUUAUUCCUUUAAUAACACAGCAAUAUCUGAAAACUUUUUUUAUUUUACGGGUAAACCAUGAUCAAAGCUAGCCGAUCACCUUAGAUAUUCUUUUCAGGCUUUAGAAACAGCUUCUAACUAAUACAUACCAUCUAAUUAAAAAAAAUAUAUAUAUAUCAUUUAGAGAUUUUAUGAUUUUGCAAUUAAAAGAUUAAGCAGUCUUUGUUUUUAUACUCAUAGUGUAUAUUUUACUAUCUACCCAUUUAUAACUGUUUUCCAUUGCAUACCGGUAAGCAUGUUUUAACUGUUUCUCAUCUGAUACAAGGUAUCUAAAACACUAGUUUAGCACAGUUAAAGGUCCAUAAAGGUACUAAGGGAAAGUGAGUUGGCAAUUUUUUUCAUAGCCAGUGCAUAAACUUCUGCAAGACACUAAAUAAUGAAGAUUGGCAGGUCAAAAUUUACAGAAGGUCUUUGGAACUCAAAGAAAUGUAUGUGUAUUAUAUUGAAAUUUCAAUGAAUCGACAGAAUGACCCCCCAGGUCUUUUUAACUUUCUUCAUACUUCAUAGAAAAAUAAUUGUACAUAUACUGCGAUUUAUUUCGAAUUUCUACAUACAAACUUUCAUUUUCCAAUAAAAUGAAUAAGUUUCUGUGCUUUUUAAAAGAAAUUAAAAUGUUCACUUUCCUUAGUAUUGGACCUUUAAAUGUAAGACAGCAGAAAGAAUGAUUGCCAAAAGUAAGUUGCCGAGUUGAUAUUACAUUGAAGGGGUAUCCUCUGUUAGUUUAUAGUUUUAACACAGUUCAAUGAAGAUAGCAACAGUGAAGCAUUAUUAUUUUUCGUACAGAUAUAUUAUUGUGGAGGAAGGACAGCUGUGGUGAGAAAGGAAGGUUUUAUAACACAAGUUUUACCUCUGUUACGCUCUUAUUUAUUUCCUGGUUUUCUUUUUAUAGUACUUAUCAUUUUAUUACAUAAAAACGAUAGACAUCAGUAAUAUCAAGAAACAUAUCUAAUUAUUCAGUUAGAAUCAUGGUUGUGAUGUCGGUCAGUGUUUUUUUCUAUCUGUGUGCAAGCUUCCUUUCCCAUCUGUGACUUCCUCCACUUUCGACCAGUAUUCCAAGAAUAUUCCAUCUAAUAUUCAAGCCAUUUCAUGUUCUUGAGAAAGAAAAUGUGUCUAUAUGUAUUAGGAUUUGUUAUCAAGGAAUAGAUGUAUUUAUCAUUUUUAAAAAGUCUUUACAUUGUGAGAAAGUUUCUGCUUGGGUCAAGAUGAUGCCAGGUUUCGUUAUGUUGUACUUUUUUUAUGUACACGUGUUGAAAUGUAUGCAUUCAUUAGCUUUUAUGUAAACUGAAGAUCUACAUUAUAUUAUAUACAUAAUUAUUAUAAAAAUGUAUUCAAGUUUUGUAUAUUACUAUAUAAUAAAACUAUUUUGAAAAUAAAAAAAUAUUUAAAGAAUGAAUAAAA